AUGCUCUUCAAUUCGGUGCUCCGCCAGCCCCAGCUCGGCGUCCUGAGAAAUGGGUGGUCUUCGCAGUACCCUCUACAGUCCCUUCUAACUGGUUAUCAAUGCAGCUUUAAUGAUGAGCACACUUCUUACGGAGAAACAGGAGUCCCAGUUCCUCCUUUUGGAUGCACCUUCUCUUCUGUCACCAAUAUGGAGCAUAUACUAGCAGUUGCCAAUGAAGAAGGCUUCGUUAGAUUAUAUAACACAGAAUCACAAACUUACAGAAAGAAGUGCUUCAAAGAAUGGAUGGCCCACUGGAAUGCUGUUUUUGACCUGGCUUGGGUCCCUGGUGAACUUAAACUUGUUACAGCAGCAGGUGAUCAAACAGCCAAAUUUUGGGAUGUAAAAGCUGGUGAGUUGAUUGGAACAUGCAAAGGUCAUCAAUGCAGCCUCAAGUCAGUUGCCUUUUCCAAGUUUGAGAAAGCUGUAUUCUGUACAGGUGGAAGAGAUGGCAACAUUAUGGUCUGGGACACCAGGUGCAACAAAAAAGAUGGGUUUUAUAGGCAAGUGAAUCAAAUCAGUGGAGCUCACAAUACUUCAGACAAGCAGACCCCUUCAAAACCCAAGAAGAAACAGAACUCAAAAGGACUUGCUCCUUCUGUGGAUUUCCAGCAGAGUGUUACUGUGGUCCUCUUUCAGGAUGAAAAUAUAUUAGUCUCAGCAGGAGCUGUGGAUGGGAUAAUCAAAGUAUGGGAUUUGCGCAAAAAUUACACUGCUUAUCGACAAGAACCCAUAGCAUCCAAGUCUUUCCUGUACCCAGGUAGCAGCACACGAAAACUAGGAUACUCAAGUCUGGUUUUGGAUUCUACUGGAUCUACUUUAUUUGCCAAUUGCACAGAUGACAAUAUCUACAUGUUCAAUAUGACUGGAUUAAAGACUUCUCCAGUGGCUAUCUUCAAUGGACACCAGAACUCUACCUUUUAUGUAAAAUCCAGUCUUAGUCCAGAUGACCAGUUUUUAGUCAGCGGCUCAAGUGAUGAAGCAGCGUACAUCUGGAAAGUCUCCACACCCUGGCAUCCUCCUACUGUGCUCCUGGGUCAUUCUCAAGAGGUCACUUCUGUGUGCUGGUGUCCAUCCGACUUCACAAAGAUUGCUACCUGCUCUGAUGACAAUACACUAAAAAUCUGGCGCUUGAAUAGAGGCUUGGAGGAGAAACCAGGAGGAGAUAAACUUUCAAUAGUGGGUUGGGCCUCUCAGAAGAAAAAAGAGGCAAGAGCUGGUCUAGUAACAGUAAUGAGUAGCCAGAGUACUCCUGCCAAAGCCCCCAGAGUAAGGAGCAGUCCAUCCAUUUCCUCCCCAUCUUCUGCAGCUUGUGCUCCAAGCUGUGCUGGAGACCUCCCUCUUCCUUCAAAUACUCCCACAUUCUCUAUUAAAACCCCUCCUGCCAAGGCCCGGUCUCCUAUCAACAGAAGAGGCUCUGCUUCCUCUGUCUCUCCCAAGCCACCCUCAUCGUUCAAGAUGUCACUUAGAAACUGGGUGACCCGAACACCUUCCUCCUCACCACCCAUCACUCCACCUGCUUCUGAGGCCAAGAUCACAUCUCCAAGAAAAGCCCUCAUUCCUGUGAGCCAGAAGUCAUCCCAAGCCGAGGCUUCCUCUGAGUCUAGAAAUAGAGUAAAGAGGAGGCUAGACUCAAGCUGUCUGGAGAGUGUGAAACAAAAGUGUGUGAAGAGUUGCAACUGUGUGACUGAGCUUGACGGCCAAGUUGAAAAUCUUCAUUUGGAUCUCUGCUGCCUUGCUGGUAACCAGGAAGACCUUGGUAAGGACUCUCUAGGCCCUACCAAGUCAAGCAAGAUUGAAGGAGCUAGUACGAGUACCUCAGAGCCUCCUUCUCCUGUCAGUCCUUAUGCUUCAGAAAGCUGUGGAACGCUACCUCUCCCUUUGCGACCUUGUGGAGAAGGGUCUGAAGUGGUAGGCAAAGAGAAUAGCUCCCCAGAGAAUAAAAACUGGUUGUUGGCCAUGGCAGCCAAACGGAAGGCUGAGAAUUUGUCCCCACGAAGUCCAUCAUCCCAGACACCCAAUUCUAGGAGACAGAGUGGAAAGACGUCACCAGCCCCGGUCACCAUUACUCCCAGCUCCAUGAGGAAAAUCUGUACAUACUUCCAUAGAAAGUCACAAGAUGACUUCUGUAGUCCUGAACACUCAACAGAAUUGUAGAUUCUUGUCUGUAAUUAACUAAACGUUGGUCCACUAAAACAAGAUGAAAAAUACAAGAGUAACUAUAUAAACUCUGGUCUUUAAGAAACCUACCAUCUUUUCAUUUUUAGAGAAAAUUCUUUCAACUCUGAA